AUGUUCCUCACGGUCAAGCUGCUCCUGGGCCGGAGAUGCAGCCUGAAGGUGUCAGGGAAAGAGAGCGUGGCAACGCUGAAGAAGCUGGUUUCUGAGCGGCUGCAGGUGCCUGAGGAGCAGCAGCACCUGCUCUUCCGUGGCCAGCUUCUGGCCGAUGACAAGUGCCUCUCAGACUACCACAUUGGGCCCAAUGCCUCUAUCAAUGUCAUCAUGCGGCCCCUUGAGGAGAUGGUGCUAAAGGAGGCCCACCAGCCCCAGCCCCUGUGGCACCAGCUGGGCCAGGUCCUACCCAAACACUUUGGGCCACAGGAUGCCAAGGCAGUGUUGCAGCUGCUGAGGCAGGAGCAUGAGGAGCGCCUGCAGAGGAUAGGCCUGGAGGACCUGGAGCAGCUGGCACGGCACCUACUGGCAGAGGAGCAGCACGUGGAGGGAGAGAGGGAGCCCAAGGCUAUGGCCUCAGAGCUCCUGCAACAAGGAGGAGGAGGUGGAGGCUGA